AUUCCAAAUUAAACUGUCGUUUUUCACUUCUCCCUGUAGUUCAAAAGCAAAAGGAAAGGAGGACGCGAGUCAAAGGCUCAGCUCAACUAUGUUUCCUUCCAUCCACCCGCCUUCGAGUCAAUCAAGGCCCUUAGCUGCUGAUUCCGUAACUCCAAUGCAAGUGAGUCAGAACGAAGCCUCUUUGGAUUCCAUGGAUGAAACGCAAAAUGCAGGAUUUUCUCAAGCCAAAUCCAUCAUGGAGAGUUCCGAGAAACAUCAAGAAGAUCUUCGAAUGUUGGGGAUGAAAUUCAAGCAGCAUGAGGAUAGCGUAAAACUUCUAAAGAUUCAGAGGAAGAAACUACAUGAUUCUAUACUUGAUAUGCAAGUUAUGCUUGGUAAGUAUCAGUCUUCUAAUGCACCUACGAUCGAAAACAAGGACCAUUCCCACCUUCAAAGCGAGGAGGAAACAACUGAACAGUUACUUCGGCGUGAAAAGUCAGCAGCAGGAAUUUUGUAUGAGCUGAGAACUCAUCAUGACACUCAGGCUUCUCAUCUGACUUUGUUAAAGGAUAUACUGGGUGCUGUUGCUACACUUGGCAAAGUAGAUGAUGAAAAUCUUAGUAGGCUUCUCUCAGAGUACCUAGGAGUGCAGACUAUGUUGGCACUUGUUUGUAAAACUUAUGAAUGCAUUAAAGCUUUGGAAACAUACAACUAUGAUGGCUGCAUAGACAAAACCUCUGGUCUGCACGGGCUUGGUGCUGCUAUUGGGAGAUCUUUAGAUGGCCGAUUUCAUGUAAUUUCUCUAGAAAGUUUAAGACCUUAUGCUGGUGAUUUUAUAGCUGAUGACCCCCAGAGGAGGCUUGACCUUUUGAAGCCAAGACUACCAAAUGGGGAGUGUCCUCCAGGCUUUCUUGGCUUUGCAGUAAAUAUGAUCCUCGUGGACAGCUCGAACAUAUUUCAUGUCACUGCCACUGGGAAUGGCCUAAGAGAGACUUUGUUUUACAAUCUGUUCUCCUGUCUUCAAGUGUACCGAACAAGGGCAGAAAUGGUUCUUGCUCUCCCUUUUAUAAGUGAAGGAGCAGUCUCUCUAGAUGGUGGGGUUAUCAGAAGCCCUGGUGUAUUUUCUUUAGGCAGUCGGGAGGCGAUAGAUGUGAGAUUCCUGAAAACCUCUGCAACAUUAGAAAUGUCACAGAAGUACAUUGAAACUGAGAAGAAGAUUAACGAGAUGAAAUGUGAAAAAGAAAAGUUGGAAGAGGAUAUGAAGAGGGCACUUGCAUUAUUGAAGGACGCCAAGUCCCAUUUUGAAAUAAAGAAGCAAGACUUUGUCAAGUUUCUUGCUAUAAGCUCGUCGUAUGCAACUCAGCAUCAGCUUCAGGCAGCAAGAGAGAGGUUGAAUCCAAGAUGAUGAUAACAAGUUAACAACCGAACCUAGCUAGCAGAUUGGCAACAAUGGAGAAGCCUUUAGACCUUAAAUUUCUUCUUCUGCCACCAUGAUAGAAUUUUUGCCUUUUUGAUGGACUUGCGAAUCGCUGGGGCGCAAGGGAAAAGCAUAUUUUGCUAUUUUGACCUUUUUAUUUUUCUUGAUAAGUACAUACCUUCACUAGUUUUGAUGUCACAUAUAUUUAUAUAUACACACACCAUGGUGAACCAGAAGCUAGAC